AUGAGAGUCAGUGAGACAGAAGUGACACGGGAACAGAACUUACUGCAAGUUAAGAUACAGGAGCAGCACAUGUUGGAUGAAUGCUCCCGGCCGCACACUUGGGGAGGAACCCGGAGACGCUACCGACGGCUGGAGCCCAUUCAGCAGGCACCACCGAUUCAGGUCUACCAGCAGCCCCCACCAGAGCCACCUCGGAUUAUCCAACACACGCUUCCCCAGCAGCCCGCAACAAUCAUACAACAGUUGCCACACCAACAGCCACUCAUCACGCAGAUCCCGCCUCCGCAGGCCCUUCCACCAAUCAGGUCAGGCAGCAUUAAGGAAGAUAUGGUUGAGCUGAUGUUAAUGCAAAAUGCCCAGAUGCAUCAGAUAAUUAUGCAUAAUAUGAUGUUGAAGGCAUUACCUCCAAUGGCAUUCUGCCAGCCUGGCAGUUCAGCAAGCCCUGUGGUCUCUCAUGGACAGGAUAUUCAGUCAGCAGUACCAUUUAUAGUGAAAGCUGAGAAGCCUCGUCCAUCUUCAGUGCACCAUCAUCAUCACUACUCCGCCCAGGGGCAAUCCACACCACAUCCACCUCCCCUCCCACCAAUAGGACAGCCAUUGUGGCCAUCUAUGCUACCUUCAAACCCAAUGGCACAGCACAGCAACAUCCAGCCUUCAGUUCAGCACCUGAUGGGUCCGACAGUGACGCUCCCUGCCUUGCAAACGGAAACAGUUGAUGGAACCUACUCCCGAAUGCCUCCAGGACUGUAAAUGCAGAAUACUACAUACCUGAAGCUCAAGAACACAGUGGAUGAAGGUCAUCUGAAGAAAUUUCUUUCUCAGAAGAAUGGGUUCAGAUCACCCAUUUGACAGACUGGGUGUGGACUUACUGAAUUCUCUAAAUGGAAAUUUAUAUUGUUUACAAUGGAUAAUCGACAAUGCAAUCCUACAAAUUUAAACUGAAAAAGCAAUAUUUCACAAAUUAUGAUACUUUGAAGAUAUUUGUACUUCCCCAUAUGCUGCUGUAUAAACAUCAACUCCAAACAGUUAGUGAACAAUCUAUACUCAUAGAAGCUAUAUACAGUUAAACAGUGAAUAACCUUUACUCGUUAGAUACGCAGUGAGUAAUCCUUACCUUAAAAAUAAACAAAUUAUUACCCAGUGCAUAAUUUUCAUCCUGCUAAAUGAACAAGUUACACCCUCUCCAACCUGUCACCUUUUCUACCAUCCUGCUUACUCAUCUAC